UCCCACUGUGACGCGUCGGUUACACCGGAGGAUCCACCGGCUCGGCCCCGGUGGAUCCUAUCAUCACGCAUCACAAGGUCACGGCGGGAGACGGACGGACGGACGGACACCUCGUGCGCGUGCCCGCGAGCCUGGAGCUUACUGAGAAAACCCCACGUGUGAUUUAUAUCAAUAAAGGAUCGCGUGUAUCCGAGGAUCCACUGGAUCAUAAAUACGGAGGUUUCAUGAGGAAAUUACUCGUUUGGUUAAAUCAGGAGGAAAUAAUAUUCAUUCAUAACCGCGAGACGCAACCGGGACUGCGCAUGCGCAACGUUCACACCCUCUCGAGAGUGACGAUGGUGCAGAGCAGAGUGAAGGUGGAGACGUGAACACCUCCCAAAGAUGGAGUCCUCUUACAACGCCGUAGAACUCCGGGUGCUGCGAGGGGAGGGAGGGGCCUCGGCGACCCGAACGGGGGCGCCAGUGGGCCGUGCUGCCCGGGGGUUCGAGAACGCCUCGUACCAGCAGGACGAGGAGCUCGAGCUCCGCCAGCAGGGGGCAACGCGGCCCACUGGUGGGGUGAAGGUAACCCUCGGCAACUGUGAGGUGGAACAGCAGCACCAGGAGCUUUCUUCCCGGUCGUACGAUGAAGAGGAAGGUGGGGGAGGAGGAGGAGGAGGUGGGGGGCGGGAGGACGCACCCGAGCCGUCUGCUGACUGCGGCCUGGUGCUGGCGCUGGUGUUCCUGGUGAGCGGCAUCGUGCUGGUGCUGGUGGCCUACGCCAUCCCCCGGGAGGCGGGGGCGGACCCCGACGCUGUGUCGGCCCGGCAGAUGGAGAAGCUGGAGAUGUACUACGCCCGGCUGGGGUCCCACCUGGACAGGUGCAUCAUCGCGGGCCUGGGCCUGCUGACGCUGGGCGGGAUGUUCCUCUCCGUGCUCCUCAUGGCCUCCCUCUGCCGGGGGGAGGUGCACCGGCACCGGGCGGCCUUCGUCCGGCCCAAGAGGACUUACGGCUCCGUCCACCUGAGCAUGAAGCAGCUGGCGCCUGGAGAGGUGGGGGGAGGUGGAGGAGGAGGAGUAGGAGGGGAGGACGGAGUUGAGGACUUCCUGGUCGAGCAGAGCAGGGACUCCAAAUCAGAACCAGGACCCAGCAGGAAUCCUCCUGCCUCUGCUGCCUCGUCCUCCUCUUCAGGACUCGACUGACUUCCACACUGCCUCCGAAAGGGGGAGGCCACAUGGAGCAGGUCUGCCAGGAGGACCAGACAUGAGCACAAAGACGCCCCCCAGGAGCAGGGGGAGGAGCACGUUGCUGCUCACAGGUGGUGUAUUGGUUGGUUGAUCACAUUUAAAGCACAUGGUGGCUUACGAAGGUCGGAGGUCGCCGUAUUUAUCAGAUUAUAAUAUCCUAAUAUCCUUCAGAGGAAAGUGAUGCUACUGAUUUUUAUUUUAAUAACUAACAGAGAAAACGUUGUUGAAUCAUCUGACGUCCUGAAAGAAAAAACUAAGGGAUUUAAACAUUUAAUGCUUCCAAGUUUGUGAAAGAUUAAAUGUUUAAUGAAAGUAACUUUUUACAUUAAGAAAUACAUUAAUACAAAACAAAUGAAUCCAACAAACUCUCCUUGUUUUUAUUAUCAGUAUCCCUUUCUAACUUCUUCUUAUCCAGCUAGUUGCCAUGCUACACGCUACAUGCUACAUGCUACAUUAUAUGUGGACAGAUUCAAUUUAUGUCUGUAAGGAUUCAAAAUGCCUUAAACUAUGUAAACGCAAAUAUUCUUAUGCUAAUGUAUCAAAGUCUGUAUAGUGAGUCUGUUAGCCAAGGUUAGCGUAGCCACACACACACACACACAGCAGUAGCAUUUACUCAGACUCGAUGAAUGUACACUUAGUUGACGGAGGCGGCGCCAUCACGUAAUAUCACGAUAACGAUCACAUGACUUCGGUGGUUGCCUCGGAAACACUAAUGUAUAAAUAAGUGUCCUCUUUUUUUACUGUUAUAUCUUAAACGAGUUAAUAGGUGUGUAUUAAAUAAUAAAGGGAUAUUAAAGCAGGACUGUAACAUCUUUAGCCUUCAAAAUAAAAGCACGAACAAGAAAGUGAGACAAAGGUUUCAGUUUUAAUGUGGGAAAAUAAACAUUUCCCAUGAAAUAUGACUUUAAGAAACUCACGAGAAUCACGUGAUGCUUUAAAACAUUUAUGAAAAGUAUGAAUCACAGGAUUCAUGUGGAACAAUCUUUCUGUGAAUCUUGUAUCAAUCAAUAAAAGUCAAUGAAAGUAACUUUUAGCACAUACAUGAGGGAGUUUUUCUACGUUGUGUUUACUGUGGGCUGGUGGAAUGAAAUAUGAAUUAAUAUCUAGCUAUUUUGCUAUUUGGUGUAAUGUACAAUAUUCCUGAGAGAAGUGACGUUUCCCUUUAAUCUGAGUGAAAACCAGGGUCUCAAACAUGAAGCAGGUUGUUUUAAUAUCAAUGUCCAGAAAUAGGAAUUUAUUGGUUCAUUUGUCGCUUUAAGGGAUUUAUUUUUGCAAAGUUUGUUUUAUAAUCUAAAAAUGUCCAAAUAGCUCCAUAAACCUCUUCAUCAUAAUUCAUUAUGAAUUAUUAAAACUUGUCUUUAAUGUAAGCCUUGGUUCAAGGGUGAUUUUGUGACUUGAGUUUUAUGACUUGAUUCAAUUUUAAAACAGAACCCUGGUUCCCUUCGCGCUGUAACUUGUGUACAAUGUGUAACUGUGUUGGUUAUAAAUCAUAAUAAAGAGUUCAUUUGUGGUGGUUA